UCUGGAUCUGUGAGCAUGUGUCGCACGUGACAAAGAUGUUCCCUGCGACUCCCGUUCGCCCCCCCACUCUUUCUUCUCCUCCAUCAAUCGCAUCCAACAAGAGGAGGAGGAGGAGACGCGAUGAAUAUGGGCGAAGAGGAAGACGAAGAAGAGCAGGAAUAUUCCUUCCCCUGUUACUGAGAAUCAUUCUCCUUCCCACAUUUCCUCCCCGUGGGAUCGCCGUGCUCGUCGCCUCCUCUCUCCCUUCCCGAUCCGAUCUGCUAAUCUCCCCUCUUUCUUCUUCAUCUCGAUGUUUCCUCUCGUCUGAUCGGUGCGGCAUGGCGUCCUUCCAACCGCUCGGCGGCAGCUCCCGCGCCGGCCGCGUCCUCGGUCCCGCCCUCGACAAGAUCAUCCGGAACGCCUCCUGGCGCAAGCACUCGGACCUCGUCGCCGCCUGCAAGUCCGCCCUCGACCGCCUUGACUCCCUAUCUGACUCCCCGGACCCUUCUCCGCUCCUCGGCAUCCCUCCCGACGAGGCCAACUUUGUGCUCAACCCCAUCGUCCUCGCCGUCGACUCCGCUCGUUUCAAGGUCGCCGAGCCUGCUUUUGAGUGCGCUCAGAAGCUUUUCUCCCACGGCCUCUUCCGCGGCGACAUCCACCUUGAGGCCGACGCCGAUGACGCGACGCCACGCUCGGCCACGUCCCGCCUCCUCGCUUCCAUAUGCCGUUGCGGAGGGACCGGCGACGAGGCCAUCGAGCUCGCCAUGCUCAGGGUCCUUAUUGCUUCUGUCCGCUCGCACUUCGUGCUGAUCCGAGACGAAUGUUUGACCCAGAUUGUGAGGAGCUGCUACAAUGUGUACCUUGGCAGCCACAGCGGCUUCAAUCAGUUGUGUGCCAAGUUGGUCCUGGCACAGAUCGUAGUCAUUAACUAUACUAGGGUGGAGGCCGAUGCCAUGGAUGUCAAAAUUCGUAUCGUCUCCAUUGUUGACAUGAUUGAUCUUUCAGACAGGAACUUGAGUGAUUCGACUCUGGUACAGGCUGCACAAAAUUUUAUCAAUGAGGCAAUGGGAGGAAGUGACGCAGACCCUCUGCCUUCAAAGUCGUACAAGGAGGAGGGUUCCAGGCAGCUAGAAUCAGCUAACGGGGAGGAGGCUAUAAAUGGUGGCGGAUUGAGCACGAUCAGAGAGAAUGGCUUGUUUCUGUUCAAGAACUUGUGCAAGCUCUCUAUGAAGUUCGCAACACCAGAUAACCCUGAGGACCCUCUCUUGUUGAGGGGAAAGGUACUGGCGUUGGAGCUUCUGAAGAUAGCAAUAGAAACUGCCGGGCCUUUUUGGCGGGCAAAUGAGAGGUUUCUUGGAGCAAUCAAACAAUACCUUUGCUUAUCUUUGUUGAAGAACAGUGCACUAUCAGCAAUGAGUGUUUACCAGCUUCUUUGUACUAUUUUUUUGGCCUUAAUGUCAAAAUUUAGACCUGCGCUGAAAGAGGAACUUGGAAUUUUCUUUCCUAUGCUUGUCCUGCGAAUACUUGAAAAUAUUCUCCAGCCUAGCUUUUUGCAGAAAAUGAUUGUUGUCAACUUUUUGGAAAAGAUCUGCCAGGACCCACAAAUUAUUAUAGAUAUUUUUGUGAAUUACGACUGCGAUGUGAAUGCACCAAAUAUAUUUGAAAGGUUUGUUAAUGGGCUUCUAAAGACAGCUCUAGGUGUUCCUGCUGGAUCAGUGACAUCACUAUCCACAGCACAGGAUACCACAUUGCGAAAUGAGUCAGUAAAGUGCCUAACUGGGGUCAUAAAGUCAAUGAGUAUAUGGAUGGACCAGCAGCUAAGAAUUGGUGAUUUUGCUCCUCAGAGUCUUGACAAUCAACCUUCUGCAGAGAUCCUUGCUGCUUUGAUUGGUGAAGAAGCAGGUGUGCUUGACUAUGAUCUGAAUUCAGAUGCAAAUCAUGAGCUAUAUGAUACUGCUACACUGGAACAGCGUAGGGCCUAUAAAUUGGAGUUUCAGAAAGGUGUUUCACUGUUCAAUAAAAAACCUUUGAAAGGUAUUGAGUUUCUAAUCAAAACCAAAAAAAUAGGUGCAUCUUCAGAAGAAGUAGCUUCCUUUCUGAAAAAUGCUUCAGGAUUAAGUGCAACUAUGAUUGGAGACUAUUUGGGUGAUAGGGAUGAGUUUUGUUUGCGAGUAAUGCAUGCUUAUGUUGAUACCAUGAAUUUUGAGGGUAUGAAUUUUGGUGAAGCCAUUAGGUUCUUCUUAAGAGGCUUCAGAUUGCCUGGAGAAGCUCAGAAAAUUGACCGCAUAAUGGAAAAGUUUGCAGAACGUUACUGUAAAUGUAACCCAAGUUCUUUUGCCAGUGCGGAUACUGCAUAUGUUCUUGCUUAUUCUGUGAUUAUGUUGAACACCGAUGCACACAAUAACAUGGUCAAAGAUAAGAUGUCAAAAGCUGAGUUUAUUCGCAACAAUCGAGGUAUAGAUGAUGGCAAAGAUUUAUCAGAGGACUACUUGGGCUCCCUGUAUGACCAAAUUGUGAAAAAUGAAAUAAAAAUUAGUGCUGAUUUUCCUGCUACGCCAAAUAAACAACCAAGCAGCAUCAAUAAACUUUUGGGAUUUGACAACAUUUUUGACUUGGUCCAUUGGCAGCAAGCAGAAGAGAAGGCAUUAGGUGCAAAUGAUUUGCUCAUUAGACAUAUCCAAGAGCAAUUUAAAGAAAAGAGUGGGAAAUCAGAGUCUAUGUUCUAUGCUGUCACGGAUGUAUCAAUUUUAAGAUUUAUGAUGGAGGUUUGCUGGGCUCCCAUGAUGGCUGCUUUCAGUGUGACACUUGACCAAAGUGAUGACAAAUCUGCCACAACACAAGGUUUGCAGGGCUUCCGAUAUGCUGUGCAUGUCACCUCAGUGAUGCAUAUGCAGACACAGAGAGAUGCUUUUGUUACAUCUGUAGCCAAGUUUACAUACCUUCACUGCGCUGCAGACAUGAAACAGAAAAAUGUUGACGCUGUUAAGGCUAUAAUAUCAAUAGCCAUUGAAGAUGGCAAUUAUCUGCAAGAGUCCUGGGAGCAUAUAAUUACAUGUCUUUCACGGGCUGAGCAUUUACAUCUGCUUGGAGAGGGUGCACCACCUGAUGCUUCAUUAUUUACAGCGCUGCUGACAGAAGCAGAAGACAACAAAUCACAGAAAACACAGGCAGUAUCUGUGAAGAAGAAAGGAAAUGCUCUUCAAAAUCCAGCUGUAAUGGCUGCUGUUCGAGGGGGUACUUAUGACAGUGCAUCUGUAGGAAUUAAGGCUUCAGCUUUGGUUACUCCAGAUCAGAUUAAAAGCUUCAUUUCCAAUUUAAAUCUGUUGGACCAGAUUGGUAGUUUUGAGCUAAACCACAUAUUUACUCAUAGCCAAAGAUUGAAUGGUGAAGCGAUUGUAGCUUUUGUGCAGGCUUUGUGCAAGGUUUCUAUGACAGAGUUGCAAUCUCCAACAGAGCCUCGUGUUUUCUGCCUCACUAAAAUAGUUGAAAUAGCGCAUUACAAUAUGAAUCGUAUUCGGUUGGUUUGGUCCUGUAUCUGGCAUGUUCUUUCUGAAUAUUUUGUUUCAGUCGGGUUGUCAGAAAAUCUUUCAGUUGCAAUCUUUGUAAUGGAUUCAUUGAGGCAAUUGGCUAUGAAAUUUUUGGAGCGAGAGGAGCUUGCUAAUUAUAAUUUCCAGAAUGAAUUCUUGAGACCUUUCCUGGUUGUUAUGCAGAAUAGUAGUUCUUCUGAAAUUCGUGAGCUAAUUGUUCGAUGUAUUUCACAGAUGGUCAUGGGUCGUGUUAAUCAUGUAAAGUCUGGAUGGAAAAGUGUUUUCAUGGUUUUCACUGUCGCUGCUACUGAUGAACGUAAGAGUAUUGUACUGUUAGCUUUUGAGACAAUGGAGAAAAUAGUAAGAGAUUGUUUCUCUUACAUAACUGAGACAGAGACCAUGAUAUUCACAGACUGUGUUAAGUGCCUGAUUGCAUUCACAAAUAGCAGAUUCAACAACGAUGUAAGCCUCAAUGCUAUUGCAUUUAUCCGAUACUGUGCUGUUAAACUUGCAGAAGGAGGCUUUGUCUGCUAUGACAAGAGCACUGAAGGUCAUUUAGGAAAUGGAGAUGCUUUUGAUGAAAAUUUGUCCGAGAAAGAUGACCAAACUUUCUUUUGGCUUCCUCUACUCGAUGGUUUGUCCAUGUUGACGUCUGAUACUCGGCCAACUAUCAGAAAAGGUGCUAUGGAAGUGCUUUUUGACAUUCUGAAGGACCAUGGUCAUCUAUUCCCUCCCACCUUCUGGAACAAUAUCAUUAAAUCUGUAAUUUACCACAUGUUUAACAACACACAGGAAAUAACUGUUCAUGAAGUUCUGCUGCAUGACUCUCAGUAUCUUCAAGAUAAUUCAUGGAAAUCUGAAACUGAUACAUUGGCAGCAAAAUGCUUGAUUGAUCUAUUUGUCAGAUAUUUUGAUGUAAUCCGUUCACAGCUUGGGAAUGUUGUGGCUAUUGUUACAAGUUAUUUGAUCAGUCCCUACAAGCAAUAUGCUAACACAGGGAUGGCUGCUUUACUGCAUUUGACUGGUCACCUAGGAAGAAAGCUAUCAGAAGAAGAAUGGAAAGAUACUUUGAUAACCUUGAAAAAUUCAACUGUUUCAACACUGCCUAUUUUUUCUAGCAUUACAAAAAUCAUGCAAGACAUUGAAAUUCCCAAUAGACACUCUGAUAUGGAAAAAUCCUCGGACAACGAAACCAUUGAAGAUGAUGAAGAGAAGGCUAGGAUGGAAACAACACCUUAUGCAAUUGUAAGAAUGAAGAACUACAUAAGCCUUCAACUCCAGAUUGUACAGGUUGUAACAAAGGUUUAUGAGGUUAACCGAAAGUGCCUCUCUGCAGCUCAUGUUAGCAUCCUAUUGGAAAUACUUACAACCAUUGCGUCCCAUUCAAGUGAAGUGCGUGGCCAAACUGCUAUGCAGCUGAAGUUUCAGAAAGCAUGCUCCCUGUUGGAAAUUCCUGGUCCACCAGUUGUUCAUUUCGAGAAUGAGUCCCAUCAGAAUUUGCUUAAAGUCUUGCAAACUUUACUCAUUGAAGAUCGAUUUCUGUCCAAUGAGCUGAAAAUAGAAUCACAAGUAGUGAUGACCUGUCAGAACAUGUUCCAGAUAUACUUAAAUUGUGCAGGAAAACUGACAGAUGAAGAUUCAGAUAUUAGACCAAAGCUACACUGGAUAGUUCCUUUGAAUGCCAAUAAGAAAGAGGAAUUGGAUGCCCGGACUUCGUUGGUUGUUUUGUCCUUGCAAGUCUUAGGUAGCUUGGAGAAAGAUUCGCUCAGAAGGAACCUCCGAAUCAUAUUCCCAUCAUUAGUUAACCUUAUAAGUUGCGAACACAGCUCCAGCAAAGUGAAGAAUGCCCUCUUUGACAUCUUUCAUUCCUCUAUAGGACCACACAUAAUGACCUUGUGAUUUUUACACUAUAUGUAUGUCAUUGUUUGAUAUAGGUUUUUUUUUUCCUUCUCAUUUUUUCUCUCCUUCACUCUGUUAUAUAGUCAUUAUUUAUGGCCCACAGUGGUCUGAAGCUACCAAAGCAUAACAAGGGCUUUUGCCUGCGAAGUUGUAUCUGUGAAGUGAAAAGACAAAUUUUGGCCACAAUUUUGCUGUUGCAGUUGUUGCAAAUGUUUUGCCAAUAAAAAAAGUUUACAGACUGA